UGCCUGCCGCGGCCGGGCAGUGCGGCCCUCCCGGCGCCCACAGACACCCGGCCGCGGGAGCGGGGCGGCGGCGGCCGGGAGCAAGAAGAAGCGGCGGCUGUGCGGGAAAGCGCUAAAAGAAUUAGAUUAUUGAAUUCAUUAUCAAAAGAUAAUAUGACUGCUGUCUAUGGAAUAAAUCAGUUUUCUCACCUGUUUCCUGAAGAGUUCAAAGCUAUUUACUUGAGAAGCAUACCUCACAAACUCCCAAGAUACAGAAAAGUGCCAAAGGGGAAGGAAAAACCCCUGCCAAAGAAGUUUGACUGGAGGGACAAGAAAGUCAUUGCAGAAGUGAGAAAUCAGGAAACAUGUGGAGGCUGCUGGGCUUUCAGCGUUGUAGGUGGCAUAGAGUCUGCCUAUGCAAUUAAAAGAAACAUCCUGGAAGAGCUCAGUGUGCAGCAAGUUAUUGACUGCUCAUACAACAACUACGGCUGCAACGGGGGAUCCAUCGUUAGCGCUUUGAGCUGGCUGAACCAGACAAAAGUAAAACUCGUGAGAGAUUCAGAAUACACUUUUAAAGCUCAGACAGGACUGUGCCAUUAUUUUGAGCGCUCAGAUUUUGGAGUUUCAAUAACAGGAUUUGCUGCAUAUGACUUCAGUGGUCAAGAAGAGGAAAUGAUGAGGAUGCUUGUCAGUUGGGGCCCUUUGGCAGUGACAGUUGAUGCCGUGAGCUGGCAGGAUUAUCUCGGUGGAAUCAUACAAUAUCACUGCUCCAGUGGAAGAGCAAACCAUGCUGUUCUUAUCACUGGUUUUGACAGAACAGGUAGCAUCCCUUACUGGAUUGUACAGAACUCUUGGGGACCGACAUGGGGAAUAGAUGGCUACGUUCGUGUAAAGAUAGGCAGCAAUGUCUGUGGUAUAGCAGAUACAGUUUCAGCAGUAUUUGUUUGACAUUUCUCUGGGCCUCUACAACUGGUCAAAGACCACAAGUAUCUUGAGGACAGACACUGUACAUGAAGAUGAAAUUCAAGACACCAAUUUCAAAUAUAAGAAAUGGCUGUAAGGGCAAUUCCUGCAACUCCUGGCUGAAGUUUUUUAAAAUGGUUUUAUUUGGAAUUUGUGUUGAAUGCCAAAUUUCUCAUGGAGCAAGAAGACUCAACUGCAGAGUCCACAAAUAGAAGUUACAAAGAUGGACUGAAACUAUGUAAGCUUUAUCCAGGUAUUGAAUACUACUCCACAGAAAAAUCUUAAAAGGAAAGAAAUUAUGACAAAUUAGAAGAAAUUUGGAUCAAAAAAUCAAUAGUAUAAGAGUAUAUUUGAAAUUAUUUGAAUAUAAGAAUCAUGAGUAACAGUUUAGAAAGAAUUACAGAAUAUAUCCAAUAGAGUGAGUGUUAAAUUUUCCUCCUUAAUUGAGUUCAGAGGUGGGACUUGCUGGUAAUAAAAAGGGGUUCCAGCUUUGCUGAGCUGUGAAACUGCAGCUGUGGCCCAAUGUUACUAUAACUCACAAUAAAACAUGAAAUUCUAAAA